AAACCAUUUAUAUACACGCUCUGACUAUAUCUAACUCCAGAUUCAUCCAACUCGCAGCACGCUCAAAAUCCGUGGUUUCAGUGAUUAUUAUUAAAUAAAAACACACCACACAAUGGCCAACAGUAAUCCAAAAAUUAGAUACACGCAACUGUUCAUUAACAAUGAAUUUGUUAAUUCGGUCAGCGGAAAGAAGUUUCCGACGGUGAAUCCUGCAACGGAGAAACCCAUCAUCGAGAUUUCGGAAGCAGACAAAGCUGAUGUCGAGUUGGCAGUGAGUGCGGCGAAGAAGGCAUUUGCCAGGGGUUCUGAGUGGAGGAAAAUGGAACCGUCUCAAAGAGGAAGACUUAUGAUUAAGUUGGCCGAUCUGAUGAAAAGAGACAUCGAACAUCUAGCUAACUUGGAAUCGUUGGACAAUGGAAAGGCGUACGAAGAUUCUGUCUUUGACAUCAACUGUGCCAUUGAUACUUUCCACUAUUAUGCAGGGUGGGCGGAUAAGAUCCACGGAAACACAAUUCCUUCAGAUUGUGGAUUCUUCACUAUGACGAGGAAAGAACCGGUCGGUGUCGUUGGACAGAUCAUUCCAUGGAACUACCCGAUCCUUAUGUUGGCGUGGAAAUGGGGACCCGCUUUAGCUGCAGGAUGCACGAUCGUCCUUAAGCCAGCUGAGCAAACUCCGUUGACCGCUCUGGAGAUGGCCGCUCUUGCUAAAGAAGCUGGUUUCCCAGCUGGUGUGAUCAACGUUGUUCCUGGUUAUGGACCAACGGCUGGAGCUGCCAUCGCCCAACAUAAUGACAUCAACAAGGUUGCGUUCACCGGAUCCACGGAGGUCGGCCACAAGAUCAUGGAGUACGCCGCCAAAACCAAUUUGAAGCGCGUAGGACUCGAAUUGGGCGGAAAGAGUCCGCUGGUGGUGUUCGACGAUUGCGACUUGGAUGAGGCCGUCGAAAUUGCCCAUAACGCGAUCUUCGCCAACCACGGACAAAACUGUUGCGCAGGAUCAAGGACGUACGUUCAAGCUGGAAUCUACGAUGCUUUCGUUAAGAAGGCAGCUGAUAUGGCGAAGGCUAGGAAAGUUGGAAAUCCGUUUGUCGCUGGAACGCAGCAAGGUCCUCAGGUCGACAAAGAUAUGUUCGAGAAGGUGCUGAGGAUGAUCGAGUCGGGAAAGAAGGAAGGAGCUACAUGCUCAGCCGGCGGUGCUAGAUUUGGAACACAAGGAUACUUCGUUCAGCCCACGGUCUUCUCGAACGUCUCCGAUAACAUGACAAUCGCCAGAGAAGAGAUCUUCGGCCCCGUACAAACCAUCCUCAAGUUCAACACUCUCGAUGAGGUCAUCGAUAGGGCCAACAACACUAAGUACGGCUUGGCAGCCGGUUGCAUCACGAAAAACAUCGAUCAAGCUUUAACUUUUGCUCAGGCCGUUGAAGCUGGAUCAGUAUGGAUCAAUUGUUACGAUGCCGUUGUACCACAGGCACCGUUCGGAGGAUUCAAGCAAUCCGGAACCGGAAGAGAAUUGGGAGAAGAUUCGCUCAAGGAGUACAUCGAAGUGAAAACCAUUUCCAUUAAAGUACAAAGCAAGAAUUGAAUUGUUCAUUGAUUGUAUGAUAUAUUUUGUUAUUGAUUGAUUUAUAAUAAAAUAAUAAUUUAAAAAAUGCAUUCUG